AUGAGUUCUAAAGAAAAAUAUAAAGAUUUGUUACCCACAAACAGUGUUUUUACUAACGAUCGAACUGUAUAUAAAUCUCAAUUUGUUGGACUUGAUGAUAAACCGUAUGACACAAAAUGUGUUUUGUGCGAUGGAAAAUUUACUCUUCCUGAAAAUGAAAAAGAGCUCUUGACUCAUUUAUUUAAAGAACAUCGACUUGUAAUAGGAGAUAUUUGGAAUAUUGCUAGUUUAAAAAGCUAUAUCCAUUAUUGGAGUAUUAAAUUUAAGGAAGAGCCUUUGACUAAAUUCUGUACAACAAUGUUAAUGGAUUGUACUCCUGAUGGGAAACCGAGUAAAAAUGAAAAAUAUUUUUUACUUUCUGAUUGUAUUUCAGAAGAUAAAACUUUAAGAGAUGAGAUACAUAGAGCAAAACUGGAAUGGGCUUUAUCAGAACAAGCAAGAGAAAGAACAGAUACUAAUUUUAAACGUGGUUGUAUUUUUUGUCGGAUGGAAUUUUCAGGUUCACGUAUUAUAUAUAUAAAGCACUUAGCCCAAAAACAUAAUUUAUAUCUUGGUAAACCAGAUAAUUUAGUAUUCAUAGAUGAAUUUUUAGAUAAAAUUCAAACUACCAUUGAAAAUUUAAUAUGCAUAUAUUGUGAAAAAUUAUUUAAAGAUCGUACAGCUUUGAAAGAACAUAUGCGUAAGAAACUUCAUAAAAGAAUAAAUCCUAAUAAUAAGGAAUAUGACAAAUUUUAUAUAAAUAAUUAUUUAGAACCUGGAAAGUCAUGGAGACAUAAGCAGAGUAAAGAAAAUGAUGUGGUAGAAGAUCAAAGUAGUGAAAAUGAAGAUGAAGAUACUUGGUCAGAUUGGAAUGAUGAAGGCAUUGGUAUAUCAUGUUUGUUCUGCAAUUACAGUAAUAAACAUUUUCACCUUAUUCUGGCACACAUGAAGAUAGAACAUGAUUUUGAUUUUAGAACCGCAUCAAAAAAUUUAACAUUUUAUCAAAAAGUAAAAGUAGUUAAUUAUGUUAGGAGACAAAUUCAUUUACAACAAUGCGUUUUUUGUGAAACAAAAGUAGAUAAUGUUUUGAAACAUAUGAAAGAAGAAAAUCAUUUUAAGAUACCUUCACAAAAAAUGUGGGAUCAACCAGAAUUUUAUUUCCCUAUGAAUGAAAAUGAAUCCUUUCUGUAUAAUUUGGAUACAAGUAGUACUAGUGAUGAAGAAAGUGAUACUGAAAAUACAACAGAAGUAAUGUAUGAAACACCUAACUAA